UUAUUAUUUAUAUUAAAAAAAAAUGUUCAUAUAUGUUUAUAUAGUUUAUGAAAAAAGACCAAGGGGGGUUUAGUAAGUAGCAGGAGCGACAUGAAAAUAUAAGCUAAAUAGAAUAAAAAUAAAAAUGGUACUACGAAAGAAUCAAAGAAGAAGUUUAUAGUCAACGAGACAAAAAAAUAAGUCAUCGAAGUUCCCGUCACGAUUCAAAAUUACAGAAACAUAAUCCAACUUUUAGUAGUAAUAUUUUAAGAAUGACAAGUGAUCAAGAGUUUUGCGAAUGCAGACCUUUGGGUUUCUUCCUAGGAUUACCCUUUGCUUUCUUGUCAUUAAUUUUAUCUCUUUUUGGUGCUAUUCUUUGGAUUUUCGGGUCAAUAUUUAGUUGCUUGUGUCCAUGCUGCAUAUGCUGCACAGGUUUGGUCGAUUUUGCUGUGUGUUUGGUAAAGCUUCCUGUUCGAGUUCUUAGAUGGUUCGUUGACCAAAUUCCUUGUUAAUUUGAGACCACAAACUCUCUAUUUUCUAAUUAGUUUAUAAUAUUAGUUGUGUGAAUUAGUUUAGUUGUUAUUAAUAUAGACAAGUUGCAUAUAAAAGAAAAGCUUCUAAAAGCUUGUUUUAGUUAGAGAUUCACAGUCAUUGUAUAAUUAUUUUGAUUUUAUUCAUUAUUACAAAUAUACUUUGUUUUGAUAUUCUGCCCUUUUGGUAUCUAUAAGGAUUACUUCAUUCAUCC